AUGACUUGGCAAAUUCUGAGGGAAUUGCUGUAUACAUUAUCUUUGAAUGCAUAUCUGAGGGAGCAGGAGCAUGGAGAGGCUGAGAUUGAGUGUCGAGCUUACAAAGGAUUUUUUCCCAUUGAUAAGGAAAGGUGUCGAAGUGGUGGAAGCGGCCGAGUCGAUUUAACACUUCAUUUCCCAACAACGAAUACUAUUGGAAAAGUGACUAUUCAUUCUAAGGAAACAAGUUUUGUGGACCUGGAAAUAGUGGAUUGUGGGUGGCGAUUGGUAUGUAAGAAAGAUUUGGAUCCAAGUAGCGCAAGAAUCAGGCAUGAUAAGAAGCCAUCUAAAUAUGAUCCUUUAGUUGGAGACAUUCAAUCAAAGGUAGAUGAGAUAAUCUCCCUUUCAAUGAUGGAAUUGGGUGAUACACGUUUCAUAAGGAUAUCGGGCGAGAGUGGCAUAGGCAAGACAACUCUUGCUCGACUUGUUUAUGAUGCAAUCCGAAGCAAAUUUGAUGCUACUUGCUUUCUUGACAAUGUAAGGGAGGAUUCAGAAAGGUUUGGCAUAGUUUCCUUACAAAUGAAGCUUCUUUCUGUGCUUGGAUUAGGAGAACACGUUAUAGAUGAUAUUUCUAAAGGUGCAGAGAUAAUAAGAAAAUUUUUAUGCCAUAAAAAGGUUCUUAUUAUUCUCGAUGCUGUCAGCCAUGAAAGCCAAGUAGAAAAUUUAGCCAGAAAUAAGGAAUGGUUUGGUGCAGGGAGCAAAAUAGUAAUAAUUACUGCUGGAGGGGACAUGUUGUCGACAUUGUAUCGACAGAUUGAAGAGUAUAAAGUUGAAAGAUUAGGUCCUGAUGAAUCCCUUAAGCUCUUAUAUCAGGAAGCUUUUAAAAAGGACGAGCCAGAACAAGCUUAUUUGGAUUUUUCAAAAAAAGUAAUUGAAUAUGCAUGUGGACUUCCUCUGGUACUUAAAGUCUUGGGAUCAUUUCUUUGCGGAAAAGAUGCAAAUGAAUGGAAAAAUGCAUCAAAAAGGAGGCCAAAUUCAAGGUGA